AUGGCCAUCGACAUGAAUAUUUACGAGUUGUUGGUUAUUGAAGACUCACAUCUUUUGAUUCAUCAGGUUCAAGGAGAAUGGGUUGUGAAGAACCCAAAGGUUAUACCUUAUGUGCAAUAUGUGAAUAAGUUGUGCAUGAGGUUUCAUAAGAUCGAAUUCAGACAUACUCUUAGAAUACAGAAUGAAUUGGCCGAUGCUUUUUCCACCAUUGCUUUGAUGAUUAAAUAUCCGGAUACAGAUUAUGUUGAUCCGCUGGAUAUAUGGUUGAAAGAACAUCCAGUCCAUCGUUCCCAUGUAGAAGCAGAACCAGACGGUUUGCCAUGGUAUUUCGAUAUACAGAAGUAUUUGGAGUCCGGGAUUUAUCCUGAAGAUGCUGCAUCCAAUCAGAAGAAGCCGAUACGCCGUAUGGCUCUCAAUUUCUUUCUAAGUGGAGAAAUCCUAUAUAGGAGAACUCCAGACUUAGGUCUUCUGAGAUGUGUUGAUGUUGUUGAAGCUGCGAAGCUUAUUGAACACAUACAUGUUGGAGUUUGUGGCACACAUAUGAACGGGCUCACUUUGGCAAGAAAGUUCCUUCGAGCCGGAUAUAUCUGGAUGACUAUGGAGAAAGAUUGUUGCAAGUUUGCGGUAGCAGAAUCCAUCAUUACUGAUAAUGGUGACAAUCUCAAUAGUCACUUGAUGAGAGAUAUAUGCGAUCAAUUUAAGAUUACUCACCGAAAUUGA